AUGGCGGCGGCCAGUGCAGCCGGGCCGCCUACGAAUGUGUUCCCAUUCCGCGAUGCCCGCGCCGCGCCGGAUCAGGUACUGGAGGCCGGCCCGGUGGCGCACGGGCCACUGCCGGUGCCUCUGGUGCUGGACAACGGGUCGUUCCAGGCCCGCGCAGGCUGGGCGUGCCCCGGACCGGACCCGGGCCCCGAGCCCCGGCUGCAGUUCCGCGCCGUGUGCGCCCGCGGGCGGGGCGGGGCUCGGGGCGGGGCGGGCCCGCAGGUAGGCAACGCUCUGGGCAGUCUGGAGCCGCUGCGCUGGAUGCUGCGAUCGCCCUUCGACCGCAACGUGCCGGUGAACCUGGAGCUGCAGGAGCUGCUGCUUGACUACAGCUUCCAGCAUCUGGGUGUCUCCUCACAGGGCUGUGUCGAUCAUCCCAUAGUUUUGACAGAAGCUGUGUGCAACCCACUGUAUUCACGACAGAUGAUGUCCGAGCUUCUCUUUGAGUGCUAUGGGAUUCCUACGGUUGCCUAUGGAAUAGACAGCCUCUUCAGCUUCUACCACAAUAAGCCAAAGAACUUGAUUUCCAGCGGGCUCAUCAUUUCAUCUGGAUACCAGUGUACACAUAUUUUACCCAUCUUAGAAGGGAGGUUGGAUGCUAAAAACUGCAAACGCAUCAACCUGGGAGGAAGCCAAGCAGCUGGCUACCUCCAGCGUCUCCUGCAACUGAAGUAUCCUGGGCACCUGGCAGCCAUCACUCUCAGCCGCAUGGAGGAGAUCCUGCACGAGCACAGCUACAUCGCUGAGGAUUAUGUGGAAGAAUUGCAGAAAUGGCGGUGCCCUGAUUACUAUGAGAACAAUGUCCACAAGAUGCAGCUCCCGUUUUCCAGCAAGCUCCUGGGCAGCACCCUGACCUCCGAGGAGAAGCAGGAGAAGCGGCAGCAGCAGUUGCGGCGGCUGCAGGAGCUCAACGCGCGGCGGCGGGAGGAGAAGCUCCAGCUGGAUCAGGAGCGGCUGGACCGGCUGCUCUAUGUGCAGGAGCUCCUAGAGGAUGGCCAGAUGGAUCAGUUUCACAAGGCCCUGAUAGAGCUGAACAUGGACUCCCCGGAAGAGCUGCAGUCCUACAUACAGAAGCUCAGUGCCGCAGUGGAGCAGGCGAAGCAGAAGAUCCUUCAAGCAGAAGUCAGCCUCGAGGUGGACGUGGUGGACAGCAAGCCAGAGACCCCUGACCUGGGGCAGCUCGAACCAUCUCUGGAAGACGUGGAAAACAUCAACGAUUUCGAGCCCUUGUUUUCAGAGGAAACGCCCGAAGUGGAGAAGCCGGUGACCACGGUCCAGCCCGUGUUUAACUUGGCAGCAUAUCAUCAGCUGUUUGUUGGGACAGAAAGAAUUCGAGCUCCAGAAAUUAUCUUCCAGCCAUCUCUCAUCGGGGAGGAGCAGGCCGGCAUAGCUGAGACCCUCCAGUACAUUCUGGACAGGUACCCAAAGGAUGUUCAGGAGUUGCUGGUUCAGAACGUUUUCCUCACUGGCGGGAACAUGAUGUAUCCUGGGAUGAAGGUCAGAAUCGAGAAGGAGCUGUUGGAGAUGAGACCCUUUCAGUCUUCCUUUCAGGUUCAGCUGGCCUCGAACCCUGUGCUGGACGCCUGGUAUGGUGCUCGCGACUGGGCCUUGGACCACCUGGACAACGAGGAUGUCUGGAUCACCAGGAAGGAGUAUGAAGAGAAGGGAGGAGGCUACCUCAAGGAGCACUGUGCUUCCAACGUGUACGUCCCCAUCCGCCUGCCCAAGCAGCCUUCGCGCUCCACAGAAGCCCAGGCAUCCGGCAAGGGCUCGGGGGCCAGCGGAGGCGGGGCCGGCGAGCAGGCAUAGCAGAUGGGCCCCUCCAGGGACCUUGGGCCACGUCAGCCAGUGUGACAGGACAGUGACUCUGCCAGCUGUGUCUAGCCCGAGUCUGCUGGGAACAUUUGGCUGCAAGAUGGACUUCUCCUGGGGAGAACAGUUUAGCGCCACUGGGAGUGACCCUCUGCACCUGUGUUCUUUUGGGGGCGUUGGCGGUGAAGGGACUGUAGGUGGCCUGCUGUCUUUGCUGAGCCACGGAUGAGCCAUAGCCUUCACUUCCCGCAGCAGUGAAUGAAGACAGGGUGGGGGACGGAGGUGUACAGUCUGCACAGGCUUCCUUCUUACCACAUUUUAAAGCCUUUCUUGUUUAAAAAAAAUCCUUUGAAUUUUAUAUUGUCAGUGUAGAUAGUCUUCUAAAUUUAUUCCAAAAUUGUGUGAAUGCCCAGCAGAUGGAGUUCUUUCACAUACAGGUAAAAAGGUAACAUUUGUAUCCUAAGAGCAAUCAACCACGAACUCUCAGGGGCUAGAAAUAUUUCCCUCCUUCUUCUAUUUCUGCUUAGAAAUAAGGAAAAGGGGGCCCAAAGAGGGGAACUGGAUAGUAUGAAGUCACUCCGUUAGGGCCUGCCCGGUGCUCACUUCUGAAUGGACAGGUGUGGGGCUAGUGGCCUGACUCUUGUUUGUACUUUCUUUGCUGGAAACUUUGCCACGAUGUGAGGCCUUCCUACAGUUUUUAAAACUUCUCUUCCUGUGAGUGUGUUGGCUGCUUAACUUUUCAGGUCUUUCCGAAGAGAGAAACAGACUGGAAAAGGUGAACCGCGGAGCCUUUUCAGUUUAGCCACAACCUCACAUUCCCUGGGCCUUUGCAGCCUCAUCGUAAACAGAUAACCCCUCUCUCAUACAGAGAUUGCUUGGUGAGAAUUUUAACUCUCAAACAUACCCAGUGCUUGAGCCCAGAAGUCUCCAGAGCUGCUAGCAUCCUUGUCACAGAAGCCGUACGUUUAUAUCCCAGGGGAUGUCUGGCCCAGCCCUCUGAGCAGGCCACUUCAGAACCAGUCUGCUGCUGCAGUUCACCGAGGACGGUCACUUGCAUCUCCAGCUCUCGGGGCUUCGAAACCGAAGACCGGGAAGGGCCAGUGGUGGCGGGAGAUCCAGGCUGACUCAGGGCCCCCCACGGCCCUGCUGGGGAGCCCCAGGCCGUCCACGGCUGGGCCUGAGGCCCGGUGAGAUGGUGAGAGCAAACGGGAGCUGCCGAGAAAGGACAGAUGCGAAGAAGGCAGGCCCGCCUCCUGGGAGAGGUUUCCAUAUCAGGUUUCUGGGGAGAGGAGUUGUGCUGACUGCCAUAGGCCUGGGGAGACAGGGGUCUUUCUCCCAUAGUCAACAUUUUAAACAGCCUGAACAGCAGUGAUGAGGUGGAAGGAUUGCCCUGGAAGUCCAGCCUUGGUGAGGAAGGACCCUGGGUGGGCAGGUAAGCUGGGCUACAGCGUAGUCCAACAACAAGUGUGAAGCUGGGCCUAGUCGGGGUGCCCGUAACCUGGCACUGAGGAGGUUUGGGGCUGCGGUGAGGGUGGACCUUGAGCUCUCCCGCUUUAACUCUAAGCCCUCACACUGAGCUUGCCGUGACCUCUGUGACGCCUCUCAGCCCUUCCUCACGGAGACCACCAGCAGCACUCAUCACUGUACCGAGAGCUUUUUCUCUGCCCCCAGAUGGUCUCUUACAGACUGUAAAGCGUUCCCCAAGAGCAGGAGGAGGGUUUCAUUCAGCUUGGAGUAUCCACAGCCCAGUGCUGGGCCUGCAGGGUGCUGUGGGCUCACAGGAUUUUAAAUGAAUGACCAACUGGUUGUGUAAAUAAAUGAAUGACUAAAUCUGUGAACAAAGACAAUUUGAGACUAGCUCGUCCGCUCUGUUGAGAGGAACAAAUCAGGGGUCCACACUGAGGGCUUCCCCUUAGCUGGGGAGCCUUACUCAUUGAGACAUCUCAAGUCUUCCCUGUGACCCUGCCAGGACUGUUUGUGGAGAGAAGGUGGGUGUGACUGUAGCUGAAUGAUCUGAGGGCAGCCGUGAAGGAAUAGAUUCCCAUAGCCCAGCUUCGGGCUUCUGUCUGGGUUGUGGGAGGGGGAGAUAGCCCAGGGGAGGGCGAGUCUGGCAUGGGGGGUCAGCCCGGCUCUGGGUUUGAGUCAGAGCAUCCCUGAAGGUUGGGUGGCCACCUAGGGUGAUCAGGGGCCUCUCUCCCCAGCUAAGAUGUGGUAAGGGUGUCCCUCCUUUUGCCCCCACUGCCUUCCAUUGGCAUUUCUGGAAAUAAAAAGUUUUACCAAAGCAACAAAGAAGGCGAAAAGGUAAGAAAAUAGAAGUUAAGAGUAAUAUAAGUGUUAAAAUAUAGGCAGAGAACACUACACCAAGAAAUGGAGAAACUGAAUUCAUACAAAUACCGUAUGCAAAGAUGAUUUCAUGCCUACCUAAGGGAUUAAAUGAAUAAGAUGAAGUUUAUCAUUACAGAACUUUGUAAUUAAAUCAUUUCCAGAUAAUUAGAAAAUGGUAGAACAGAGGAUUACAAAAUGUAGGCAGAGAGACUGGCUGUUCGCUAAAGCCAUUUCCCUUUCCUUUGGGCACACAGCUGCACUACAUUUCCCAGCCUCCCUUGCGGUCAAAUAGGCAGCCACUUGCCUUACGGCCAGUAGGAUAUGGACAGAAGAGAUAUACACCAUUUCCAGGGCUGGCUUCCAUGAACCUCCCACAAGAGCCUCUCUUUCCCCGUCG